CAUAUAGCCACGUGAAGCAGAAACACUUCAUGCCACAGCCUGACUUAAGUGCAGUUGUUUGUAAGGUUAUUAUUAAUUUUGCAUUUUGAAUAGUUAUUAUUUUGGACUUGGUGACAGAACAGCCCGAAGAAAAAUGAAAUUCAUUAUAGGAAUCGGCGGUGUGACCAAUGGUGGAAAAACCACACUGACUAAUAGGUUAGUCAAAGCCUUACCUAACUGUUGUGUGGUUCAUCAAGAUGACUUUUUCAAGCCACCGGAUCAGAUAGAAGUCGGAGAGGACGGCUUUAAACAGUGGGAUGUGAUAACAUCACUGGAUAUGGAAGCCAUGGUGAACACCAUAAAAGGUUGGAUUGAGAACCCAGUCAAGUUUGCACGCUCCCAUGGCAUCCAGGUGACCCCAGCAACUGAAAUGGGAUCACCAGAAGACGAAACCCACAUCCUUGUUAUAGAGGGAUUUCUCUUGUAUAAUUACAAGCCCCUGAUGGAAGUGUUUGACAAGUGUUACUACAUCACCAUCCCUUAUGAUGUGUGCAAGAGGAGGAGAAGUUCAAGACAGUACAUUGUCCCUGACCCUCCAGGCCUGUUUGAUGGUCAUGUGUGGCCCAUGUACCUAAAACACAAUGCAGAGAUGGUAGAAAGCCUUUUACCAAUUGAAUACCUGGAUGGCUCGAAAUCUAAAGAUGAAAUCUACCAGCAAGUGUACGAAGACCUCCACAAUACACUUUUGAAUCAUUUAUAGCAGCAGCAUCCUGGCCAGCAGUGCCUUUGUAUACAACUGUAAAUAGCCCCUCUUAAGUUUUUUUUUCUGUUUUACACCAAUGUAACUGUAAAUAUAAUGAUGGAAUGUUAACUUAUCACUUUUUGGAGUCUUUGGAGUUUUUUUGUUAUGGUAAAUCUUCGUGUUAUUCUUUUCAAUUGAGGAUGCUGUUUGUAUCUAUGCUUAUUUCAUGCAGAUAAUUCAGUAAUGGAUUUCCAAAUAAAUUUCAGGUUGUUACCCUGUCAUUAUUCUUUUCUUACAUGCUAACUGCAGAACAUGUGCAGUAUGGCUUCAAAUGUUUGCCACAUGAUGCCUAGUUAGAUUAUUAUUAAGUGCUUUUAUUUGGAUAUGUUCCUUCUGUACAACAGCAUCCACUGAUGUCUGAUACACUGAACUGCAAUCAGACAAAUUAAAAACUGGGUUCAAAAAAAUACCUGUUUUUCCUA